UUCAAUAUGUUUUUUUGUACAGUAAAGCAGUUAAGCAUUUCUUUCAUACACAUUGGGUGUUGUAUCACUCGAGUAAUGAAUACAAGAAAAUCCCAUCACUCAGCAAAUAGCACACACUGCAUGCAUAUAUCCUGUAUAUAGAAGAAGUUACACUGCAGUAAAGCACAUUCAUGUGACAGGUGUUCCUGUGGUUGGGUAACUGAUCAUCUGGAAAGAGCCAUCUCUGCAAGUCACAAUCAGUCUGAUCUCCACAAUGGUCCCAAAGAUAAAAAUAAUUACAGUUUUGCUGUGUAUGCUGGCUGUUAUCUUACUGUAUAAGGUCACUAUUAAAGAGAACGCUUUCAACCUCAGAACUUUAUUCUUUCCUGCAAAGAUUUCCCCAGAGGACCUUUUAUAUGCAGGGAAUGGCAUCAUGUUUGUAGAGACCACAGACCGGAUGGAUCCACCUCAUCUAGUGUUGUGUUCCAUUGAGUCAGCAGCCCGUGUGUACCCUGAUAGACCGGUGGCUUUCUUCAUGAAAGGUUUAACAGACAUAAACUCAGCAGAAGAUGAGGUCAAACCACGGAUGAGUUACCCAACACUUUUAUCUUAUGAUAAUAUCUACUUUUUCCCUCUCAGAAUGAAUGAAUUGCUUAACAAUACUCCACUUAUGCCCUGGUAUCAAAAAGUUAAUCCUAAAACUGAAAUCUACUGGAAUCAUGUGAGCUCAGAUGCAUGCAGGUUGGCUCUGAUUUAUAAAUAUGGCGGCCUUUAUAUGGACACUGAUAUUAUAACAUUUCGCCCAGUUCCAGAAAAAAACUUUCUAGCUGCUGAGGAACCUCAAAUGACUGGCAGUGCUGUACUUGCAUUUACUCCUCAUCACACAAUUGUCUGGCAGUUCAUGGAAGACUUUGUCAACAGUUAUGAUGGGACUAUCUGGGGACAACAAGGACCAUUUCUCUACAACCGAAUUCUUAACAAAUUUUAUUGCAAAGUACCUCCAUUCAAAGGCCAAGAAGAUAUAAUGUGUGGAACAAUCUUAUUUUUAAACAUUGAACGAUUUUUUCCAGUCCCAGUUAUACAGUGGAAAAGGUUCUUUGAAGUUUGUGAAAAGCUGCCAACUUUUAAUAACUCUUAUGCUUUGCAUCUUUUUAAUUAUGCUAAUAGAAAGGAUCGUAAAGUGAUGGUCCCUGGAAGCAACACAAUGGUGGAGCUUCUUUACAAAAAGUACUGCCCAAAUACAUAUCAAGCUGUUCUUGGGAAAAAACCUACCUACCUUAAAUAUGUGCCAUGAAUCUUAAAAAAAGAGAAAAAGAAAAGUUCAUUCAAAAUAAUACAAUAAAGGAAUAGAAUAAA